GCCCCGAUCGCCUUUAAACCAGACACAGUUAACCAACAGCCCAGCACCCCCGGAGUGUCCACCUGAGACCCUUUUACGCCACCCCCAAGCAGUCUCCGUAUGGUACAGAGUUGCCUGUGCAAUACGCCAUCGGGGCCCACCGGCUCCGACUUGCGCCUCUCAGGUUGGUUCGGCUGGCGAAAUGCCCGAAAAAUGCGAAGGUGCCGGGCAUAUGAGAAGUCAAUAACUCGGAUACGACCAGUCCAUGCGUUACUGGACCUUGCACAAUACAAGAUUUGUUACCUACACAAAUAUCGCCCGCUUUCCAGCCUCAAUACCUACUAGUAGCAAGAAAUCGGCCACCUCAUGUCCUGAAGUCAACAAACCUCCAAACUUGUACUCUGGCAAACAACUGAUGAACCGUCAUCGUCAUCGUCGUCCCGUCGCAGUUUCACGUGUCACGCAACGCCGCCACUUCGCACAAGAUGGGCAUCCGGGCUGCGCCAUCGCAAUCGCAAUCCGAAGCCGAACCAUUCCCAGCAUUCGAUGAAGAUGAUGAAGAGUGCUUAGCGUACGAGCGACAAGCGGAAGAGGGCCGGGGCCAGAGUCACAGCCAGAGUCGCCGUAAAGAUGGAACCCGAAGAUCCUCGAUCAAUGCGCAAUUUUCCUCGCGCGCCAACCGCACGCGGACCUCGUCCUUGAUCCAGUCGUUUGUCGAGAGCCAUCCCCCGCUGGGGAUGUGGCAGGCCACAGGCGAGGUUGGAUCGAAGAUUCCCACGCUGCCCGAGAUACGAAAUGGGGCGUUUGCGGACGACGGAUGGACGCACGAAGGACAGAUGGAGCGACGGGGUGCAAAGCCCACAGAGCAGAGGAUGGAGAGGACCAGUUCUGCUAGCACCAGAACAAGAAAGAGUUCCCUGUCUGCCGGUACCAAUGCCAAUGCCAGUGCUAAUGCGAAUGUGCAUCCUGUGAUUGUGGAGGAACGACAUGACUAUUUCCCUGGUAAUAGAAAAGCAUCUAUACCAUUACAGGAGCCGUUGGUUGAGGAGGCCACAGCGACACAACAAGAACAGAAACCAUCAGAAAACUAUACAGAUACGGCAGAGAAAGAACAGUACCAGUACCAGUCAAGUAUAUCUUCACAACAACACGACCCCAAUGGACCGCAGACGGUCCAUAUCCAAAACGGGCCCGACGAAACAGGAACCUAUCCCAACGGCUACCGAUUCCCCAAGAAACACACAUGGAAGCAAUCGACAAUGAUUGGACUCCGAGCAUUCUGGAAGUUCGUUCUAACACCCUUCGGCUUUGUCAUGACCAUCUACGGGCUCAACAUUAUCGGAUGGGGAGCCAUGAUAUUCUUCGUUCUUCUCAAAGCCGCGCCGGCAAUGUGCCAUCCGAACUGCGAAGACGACAACAGCGCACGGCAAAAAUGGAUUGAAAUCGACUCGCAGAUCUUGAAUGCUUUGUUCUGCGUUACGGCGUUUGGCCUGUUCCCAUGGCGAGCGCGGGAUUUCUACUACCUCAUGCGUUGGCGCCUUUUGGGCGAUCAACUGUGCCACCGUCGUCUCGCAGGCAUUUAUCGAUCUUGGUAUCGCCUGCCGGGAUCUGACAAGUUACCUGAGAACCUUGGUCCUCCUCCCGUUUACGACAAGAAACAUCCACGCACGCCGGAAUCGCCUCCGCCAUUCAGUGACGAAGAAAUCGCGAAACUCGAGGAGAAUCCUGCGAUCCCGAUCCCCGUCACAUCCAUGCCUGAAGCGCCCCUGACGGGCGUUCGAGCUCCGCCCAGCAAGUCCUGGACUCUCGAUCUGGUCGUUUGGAUGUAUAUUCUCAACACGGGGUUUCAAGUCUGUCUGUGUGUCUGGAUGUGGCAUUUCAACCGCUUCAACCGGCCUUCGUGGGGUACGGGAGUCUUUAUCACGCUAGGGUGUCUGGUGGGUAUCUGUGCGGGUAUUUGUGUCUUUGUCGAGGGUUCGCGAAUAAAGAGAAUAGAGGGGAUUCCUGUGCAAGAGUACGAUGUCCUUGAGUCGGUGGAGGAUUAUCAGGAGCGCAAGGCUAAGGAGGAUAAAAAGGAGGCUAAGAAGUCUGCUAGACGAGAUCAACUUGAAGGGCUACGGGGACAUUAUAGGGUUGUGAGGUCGGAGAAACUCAAGGGGCAGCAGUGGUAUUCGAGAAAUUGAGUUGGUAUUGGUUAUGGUCGUGGCCGUGGCCGUCUGUCGACCUUGAGAGCGCGUGAACAGUUUGUGUUUUCAGGAUUGUUUAUUGUUGAAUGGAUGCAGUGCCACGCCAGCAUGGCUGUGGGGAGCGAGGCCCAAGGGCAGACUGUUAUGACCCAGGUAUAUAUCAUUUGGGAUACACAGAACCGAUAGCAAGCGAGGUCAUUAUUGGAUAUGGAAUACACCUAUAGGUAAUAUUGGCGGCAUAGGCAUGCCUUUUGUGGAUUUUAUAUCGAUACCCAUCCGGUGCAGUGGUGUUGACGGAGAGUAUGGUACUAGUGGAUAAGCCAUUGCACUUCAUGCAUGUAUAGUGUCCUGACAGAUCCCGGCCUGCGCUCGCUGGUGCUCACUGGCAGUGUAAAUACUCGCAACUACCAUGGCAUCCUCUCAUGA